AUGGUGAAAUUUGGCGAUGGUAGGAAUUUUGAACACAUUGCUGACUAUUUCAACGAGCGGAUUGCCUGCGUCCCUCUAACAUUUCUGUUGGGAUUUUUCGUAUCUAUCAUCGUCCGUAGAUGGCGAGACACUUUCGACAAUAUGGGCUGGAUAGAGAAUUUGGCGCUGACACUUACGAAUUUGCUACAAGGCGAUGAAAUGGAGAAUAGGCAAAUGCGUCGCACUAUCAUUCGAUACACGGUGCUAUCACAAGUUCUCGUUUUCCGCGAUAUUUCGAUGCGAAUUCGAAGACGAUUUCCAACAAUGGAAUCGCUAGUAAAUGCUGGUUUCCUGAAUGCCAAAGAGCUCAAAGAGUUGAACGAGGUCGAUUUGGCGUACAACAGGUAUUGGACACCUCUCUACUGGGCCCUUGGUGUCUCAUUUAAAGCUCUUGAGAAGGAAUACUUCGAAACGCCAUGGGCAAGAAUUUGCGUACAAAAUGAAAUCGAAGCUUUCCGUACCAAUCUGGCUAUUCUGUGCAAUUUCGACUGGGUUCCUAUUCCAAUUAGCUAUCCGCAGGUAUCACAGUACUACUUCUUUCCGAGUAUCGGUGACAGAGAUAGCAUUGCCGGAAUGAUCUUUACUAUCAUUGAGGUGGUCUUCCUCGCUGUCCGUUCCUAUUUUGCGCUAUGCCUUGUAUCUCGGCAAUUUCUGAUCAAAGAUCAAGGCGACGAUCACAUGGAGGUGAGCAGUUUGGAACUGUUGAGCAGUAUAGGUACGAUGGCGGUUCUCAGCCAAGGUGGGAGGGAGCAUUUUCGAACUACUGUAACUACUGUAAUAAGUUUUUAUCGCCUCGUCAGCCCCUGUGGGGCACAAAAUGGUACCACUUUCGAUGUGAAACCAACUUUCGGAACGAUUAAUUUAUACAAUAAGAGACUUCAAGCGCGUCUGACCAGUAAUCCAGGACGGCUUGUAACGAAAAGAUUUGCCCUUAAAGAUUGA